AUGAAUACAGUCGAGACCCGCCAGCGCAAGCCGGUGCCCCGCCAGGAUGCGAUGGAACCUCAGCAACUAUCGACAAUGAAUUUGACUGAGCCGCGCCUCAAACAUGGCUUUCCGAUGCAGAUUGCUCGUACCCUGGCAAUGGCCGCCUGGUUCAACUGCUGCUGCGUCGUGAUCUUCGUGACUCAGCUCCUUGGAGCACCCUUAUACCUGGUCAAGAAGGAAUGGUUCUAUACGUAUAUGGCCUACACGAAGCAGAAUUUUGGCCUCGUCAUAACUGCAUUGACGCAAUACGGAUGUCCCACAUUGUUCCGAGUCAGCGGAGAUGAGAGCGUACGGGGACAGGUCCACCUGUCAGCCGAUGGGAUGCUUCAGACCCAGUUUCCAGAGCGUCUGGUCCUGAUCGCAAAUCAUCAGGUCUAUACUGACUGGAUCUAUCUGUGGUGGAUUGCUUAUACCAAUGUCAUGCAUGGCCGUAUCUACAUCAUCUUGAAGGAAUCUCUCAAGCACAUCCCCAUUGUUGGUCAGGGUAUGAUGUUCUAUGGAUUCAUCUUCAUGGCGCGCAAAUGGGAGUCCGAUAAGCCUCGUCUACAACACCGUCUGGAGAAGCUCAAGACGCGGCUCUCUGGCUCGAAGUCCACCAAAUCCUCGUUUGACCCGAUGUGGCUGUUGAUAUUUCCAGAAGGAACAAAUCUGUCCCUGAACACCAAGCGACGUAGUGACGAAUUUGGCCGUAAACAAGGCUAUCCCCUUACAAAGCAUCUGGUCUUGCCUCGCUCGACGGGAUUGUUCUUCUGUCUGCAGCAGCUGCGUGGAACUGUGGACUACGUUUACGAUAGCACAAUUGCCUAUGAAGGCCCAGCAAAGGGAAGCUACCCCGACAAAUACUUCACCCUUCGGUCUACUUACGUCCGCGGACGAGCUCCUACGUCCGUGAACAUGCACUGGAGACGCUUUGCGGUCGCCGAUAUCCCUCUUGACGACCAAAAAAGGUUUGAUGAAUGGCUGCGCGCCCGAUGGGCGGAAAAGGACGAAUUGAUGAAUCAAUAUUUCGAGACCGGACGAUUCCCAUCUGCACUGGCGGGUUCCAUCGAAGCGAAGAGCGCGACUGAGACGCAAAAAGUAGCUGCAUCCACCGGCUAUGUCGAGUCUUACGUUCGACUGCAUCACUGGACAGAGAUUAUCCAGAUUUUCGCGGUUCUCCUAGGGUUGGCCAUUUUGUGCCGAUUUAUGUUUACGUGA